AUGUCCUCCCCAGCCUCCAUCUCCCAGCGCCUCGCAACCACCUCCUCUCUCCUCCUCGAACGCUCCCGCAUCCUCGACCUCGGCAUGAAGCCCUCCCCCUCCUCCACACAACAAGUCGUGCGCAACCUCACCUCUAUCAGAGCCGACUUGGAACGGCUUGACGCUCGGUCUCCUGGCCUGGGAGGGGGUGGGAAGGGUAAAGGGAGAGGGAAGGGGGGGGAAGAAGGGGUGGAAGAAUUGGGGGGGAGGUAUGAUCGGUUGGUGGAGAUGCUCGAAGGAGACGAUGUGGGACGGGAAAAGGCGAAAGCACUCAAACGCGCACGUUCAGCGCCUUCUCCGUCGCCAAGCCCGGUCCAAUCCCCAUUCCACGAUCCCGUAUCGCCCGCAUCAGAAGACAUCCCGAGUUUCAGCAUCGAACCCCCAACCCCCGCGAUGGGCCAGAAACCGUUCAGAGAUUAUCCGUCGGACGAUGAAGGAGAGCCAGAGCCGGAUAGGACGUUGAGCCCGCAUGAGAUGUUGUCGAAUCAGCAGAUGAUGAUGGACGACCAAGAUGAACGACUGAACCUCCUUUCCUCUUCCAUAGGCCGCCAAUCGACUCUGUCUACUCAGAUUGGCUCCGAGCUGGACCUGCAUCACGAGCUGAUAGAGGACACGGACCAUGCGAUGGAUCGGACGGCGGCGAGUUUGGGGAGGGCGAGGAGAAGGAUGGAUAGGGUUGCGGACGAAGCUAAGCAGCAUGGUGCGCUGGAUUGCUAG